AUGCUUAGGAGGGCCAGGCAGUCAGUCUACUGGCCGGGAAUAGAAGGAGACCUUCAGCAUCGCCUUGCCCAAUACACCUCAUAUGAUGAACACGCCCCUUCACUGCCUCCUGAAGAAAUGAUACACACACCGCCAGGAGAAUACCCCUUCCAGCAAGUCGUCGCAGAUAUGUUCCAAAUAGAGGGCAAUAUAUACAUGAUAUACGCAGAUAGACUAACCGGUUGGUUAGAAGUAGCUCACUUCCCCUGUGGUGCCAUGUCCAACAAAAUAAGCAAUCACUUUCGAUCAUAUUUUUCACGUUGGGGAGCCCCAGAGCAAAUAUCGACUGACGGAGGUACGAACUUGGCCAGCGAGGAGAUGGUUGCCUUCUUCACGAGAUGGGGAGUCAAGGUCCGUCUGUCGUCAGCCCAUUAUCCCCAGUCCAACGGCAGGGCAGAAGCAGCUGUCAAAUCAGCAAAAUGGCUACUCCGAGAAAACAUGUCAAAAGGUGGAGCCCUUGAGUCAGACAAGACGGCCCUGGCAACACUCCAGUAUCUCAACACGCCUCUGAUGGAGAUCAACAAGUCGCCAUCUCAGCUUGCAACGGGUCGCCAGCUGCAUGACGGGGUACCGACGGCUAGAAGACACCUGUUAGUAGACACGUAUUGGAGACGGACAAUACGUCAAAGGGAACUACAAGUGGCAAAAUCACAGGAAGCUAUGCGCACCCUUGACACCACCAGAGACUGCCGCCCAUCAAACUAG